AUGGACGACUUCUCCACGAGGCCAGCCCGGCCGCUUCCAUUCUCUGACGAGUUUGCUUCUGCGGAUGAGUACGUUGACAGCCUGCUGCACUUCGCCGCGAAUUCGGAGCUGUUCCAAUUUCUCUGUGGCGGCGUCCACAUCCUGGACUUCUUCACCGGCGAGCCUGGUCUGUUUAUUUCGGCCGUGCCCCCAGAAUGGCAGCCCUUUCUCCUCGAGUACGGGCCUAUGGAGCUUAUGGAUCUCCUGAUGCGGGACGACCUGGCCGAGGCCUCGCAGCGGAGCGGCUCGAGGGCCCCUCCCGAGAGUCUCCUGCGCUAUGUCAAGGACAUCCGCCGCCUCUCCCUGCGGCGCUCGUUCCGCCCGGACAAGCCGAGGCUGUCUGUCCUUCCCCGGUCUGUGGCUCUCGGCAUGAAGACCAAAAAGGUCCACGAAGUCACCCAUUUUGCCGGCUACAUCGACAGGCUCGCCGCCCACGUCGCCCACGUCUCGGGCAAGCCCUUGACUCACCUCGUAGACUUUGGGAGCGGCCAGAACUACCUUGGCCGCACCCUGGCCAGUCCUCCCUACAACCGGCAUAUAGUUGCCGUCGAGAGCAAGGAGGCUAACAUGGCAGGCGCCAAGGACCUCGACAUCCUGUCCGGGCUCGCAGAGCGCGAGAAGCGCGUGCGCAACAAGAAGCUGUACCAUCGGAUUGCCAAGUCUGUCGAUCCGUCGCUGCGCAACGACGAAGAGGCUCUUAAGUGCGCCGCAAAAGCCCUCGGCGUGACAGACGAGGAAAUUGCCACCAUUGACCUCAGAUCUAGGAAGGAGCUCCAGGCCAUAUACACGGCCGAGCAGGGAAAAGGCUCCAUCGACUAUGUCGUCGGCCGCCUGGAGCACGCUGAUCUGACAGACGUGAUAUCGCAACUACCCAUCAACGAGGCCGCGCUCAAGCCCGAGAAUCUCCGCAUGAUGGCCGUAUCCAUCCACUCGUGCGGCAACCUGUCACACUACGGCAUCCGGUCAAUGGUCUUGAAUCCCUGCAUCCAGGCCGUCGCUAUCGUAGGCUGCUGCUACAACCUUCUGACUGAGAAGCUGGGGCCGCCGUCGUACAAGCCUCCCUUCAGCCGGCCAACUCUCCAACCCAUCAAUUCACGCGUCGCCCGGGAGUCAGAGAAGCGUGACCCCCAAGGAUUCCCUAUGAGCGAGCGUCUCUCGACGUAUAACGAGCAGGGGAUCCGGCUGAACAUAACAGCGAGGAUGAUGGCCUGUCAGGCGCCUGGAAACUGGACCGAGCAAGACAGCGACGGCUUUUUCACUCGGCAUUUUUAUCGCGCCGUCCUGCAAAGGAUAUUCCUCGAUAAGGGUGUCAUCACUCGAGUUUACCACACCAAUGAGCCUGGUGUUGGUGCUGGCGCUGGUGCUGAGGGUCGUGGUGCGGAGAGCCCGUUCAACUCUAGCACCAACCCGGUUAUCAUCGGCUCCCUUCGCAAGCAGUGUUACUCUUCCUUUGCGGCCUAUAUCCGAGGGGCGAUAACAAAGUUGACAACCAACGCUGACUGUGGCCAAUACAGUCAGGUAAUUAGGGACAAGAUAGGCGAUAUCACGGAAGAGGAGAUCGCAGAGUACGAAGAAAAAUACCGAUACCGGAAGAAGGAGCUCAGCGCCGUAUGGAGCCUGAUGGCCUUCAGCGCGUGCGUGGUUGAGUCACUUAUCGUCACAGAUCGCUGGCUGUUCCUUAGAGAACACUCCGAUAUCGUCCGCGACUGCUGGGUGGAGACCGUGUUCGAUUAUCGAGAGAGCCCGCGCAACCUAGCCGUCGUCGGCAUAAAGAGAUAA